AACGUCUCAAGAAGUCAGCCGGCCGAGGAAGAAAGACUCUGUAAGAUAGAGAGAGAGAUAAAAAGGAGAGCUUUGAGAACAUUGGUAAAAGCUCACAACCAUUGAUUUUUUUUUAAGGGCAGGCUUCAGAUUUGAUACCCACUUCAUUAUCAGUCUUCUUAAUCAAAUUGACAAUAACACACUUUCAAAAGAGAUGAAGUUUUAGAACUCCUUCAUUCGUUUUUCUCUGAACUAGGUCGUUCUAAUUUGGAGACACACACACAGAGACUGAAAGAUGCUGGCCUUCAAGGGAUUCUGGACCAAGAAGAGACUUGUGGGUCUUGGGUUAGGGCAAUUUCUUUCACUUUUAAUAACUUCCACUGGUUUUUCAUCAUCAGAGCUUGCUAGAAGAGGAAUCAAUGCACCAACAUCCCAAUCAUUCCUAAAUUAUAUUCUUCUAGCAUUAGUUUAUGGUGGCACUAUGUUGUACAGGAGGACACCUCUCAAGGCAAAAUGGUAUUAUUACAUUCUUCUGGCGUUGGUAGAUGUGGAAGCAAACUUUCUUGUCGUGAAGGCAUAUCAAUACACACCAAUAACAAGCGUUAUGCUGCUGGAUUGCUGGGCAAUACCUUGUGUGAUGCUUCUUACUUGGGCUUUCUUGAAAACUAAGUAUAAGUGGAGGAAAUAUUUGGGUGUUGCUAUUUGCAUUGGUGGUCUUGUGAUGGUUGUCUUUUCAGAUGUGCAUGCAACGGACCGGUCAGGUGGGAGCAACCCACUUAAAGGUGACAUGCUUGUAUUUGCUGGUGCAACACUUUAUGCUGUCAGUAAUGUCAGUGAGGAAUUUCUGGUGAAAAGUGCUGAUAGAGUUGAACUCAUGGCAAUGCUAGGGUUUUUUGGUGCUAUAGUUAGUGCCUGUCAAAUAUCGAUACUAGAGCGCAAUGAGCUUAAAUCUAUCCACUGGUCUGCCGGUGCAGCACUCCCUUUCUUUGGAUUUUCACUGGCUAUGUUUAUGUUUUACUCACUUGUUCCAAUAUUACUCAAGAUCAAUGGAUCCACAAUGCUUAACCUAUCAUUGCUGACUUCAGAUAUGUGGACUGUUGUUAUCCGAAUCUUUGCGUACCAUCAGAAGGUUGAUUGGAUGUAUUUCCUUGCUUUUGCUGCUGUGGCUGUUGGACUUGUUGUUUAUUCAAUAGAUGAUAAAGAAGAAGAUCAGAACCGGGCAGAUGUUGCUGAUGAGGAGGUUGAGAGAAGUAAGCGUUUUGACGAGGAAGAUGGGCUGCAAAAUCAGGGUCAAAAGAGCAUAGCUGGAAGCUCGGGAUCUGGAGAAACUUACAACAAAAAUGAUUCUGCUUCUAGCAUUGUCGAAAAUAUGGACAAUGUUGCAAACAAGAAGUUGGGGAAGAAUACAUUAGAGAAAAGGUUUUGAUUUUUUCAAUAUGGGAAAUGGUACUUCAAUCAAUUGCCAAAUCAAGCAUCAGAUCUGAAGAGUUCCAGUAAAGAAAUUAAGGGUUAUCAAGAUUGUUUAAAGUUUUUAUUAGCUUUUGAUUAUAUAUAUGUAUAAUUUUUUUGGGGUCCAAAUUUUGAUUUAUUGACUGACAAUUGGAUACUGAUCCAACAUAAGUGGAAUGCAUUGUCAAUUAUAAACAUGGUCUAGUUUUGAUCAUAAUCUUAUUAGUAAAAACACUUUCCCUA